UUGGAUCUUAUGAUUCUAGGACUCUUAAUGUAUAUCUGCUAUCUUUCAUAUUGAUUUUCUUACACAACUAGUUUAUUGGUUUGCGACAUCUUGACAACCAUUUGUUGUUUAAGUUUUUACCAGGAAAUAUCAAGAACGUCGUAUCUGUAUUCUUCCUAAAUAGCAUUACCUGAUAAUCCUUUAAUUGCCUUAUUUAUUUAUUUUUUGAUGGGCAGCAAGAUGAAUGUUCUUCAAGCUCAACUCAUUUUCUGAAUUUAAAGGCAUGUGGGCUACCAAGAGGAUAUAUAGAUCCCCAAGACAGUGGCUGCGGUUGAAGCAAGAUGGACUGCACAAUUCUCUAUGUAGAGCCACAAGCUUUGAGAAUUCUGGUCAGUGUUAUGUUUUACAAGCGCUCCAUCUUUUAUCCACGUGUACUGUCUCCCAAUUUCAAAAGACAUGGUUCAUAAUGGAUACGACAACUGAUCUCAGUGUAACAGAGGAAAGUAGAGUAAAUAAGAAAUCAUCCAAGUCACUAGAUGGUGGAAGACACCUUGAGAUAGAAGCAACGAUGAAACAUCUCAACUUAUCCUUUGCAGCCUCUGGCUUUCUGGGGAUCUACCACUUGGGGGCAGCAUCUGCCCUUUGCAGACAUGGUAAGAAGUUAUUGAAGAUUGUGAAGGCCUUUGCAGGAGCAUCUUCUGGAGCUUUGACUGCCACUGUUCUUUUAACGGUGCCAGAAAGUAUUGAGACGUGUACAAAUAUUACCUAUCAACUGGCUGAAGAUACUAGAAAAUUAUAUUUUGGAGCAUUAACACCCGGCUAUGAUCUCAUGACAAAACUUGGGGGCUACAUUGAUUCAAUCCUCCCCCCUAAUGCCCAUGAGAUAGCAGAAAAUCGCCUCUUUGUAUCAGUCACUAGUACUAAAAAUGGAAAAAAUUAUUUGCUUUCAAAUUUUGCCUCCAGGGAAGAUCUUAUUAAGGCUUUGUUAGCCAGCAGUUUUAUUCCUCUCUAUGCGGGACUUAAUGCAGUGGAUUAUAAAGGACAGAAAUGGAUUGACGGUGGCUUAACCAAUGGCCUCCCUAUCUUGCCAAAAGGACGAACUGUGACUAUUUCUCCUUUUUGUGGCCGACUAGACAUCUGCCCACAAAACAAAGGACGAGUGGAUAUUUAUGCCAAAGUUGCAAAGCAAGACAUCAUGUUAUCCAUCACCAACUUUGUAAGACUUCAUCAGGCUCUAUUUCCACCAAGCCAGGAGAAAAUGGAAUCGCUACAUCAAGAUGGAUAUGAUGAUGCCAUACAUUUUUUAUUGAAGGAAAAUUGGUUUGAAUAGAUUAUAUAUGAUGAAAAAAAAAAAAAAAAGAUGGCUUGUCAACAAAAAACUCCAAGCCCCCCACAGAGCCCAAAGGGCUAAUGCCACCAUUUCUGUUUAUCUUACAAGAAUACCAUAGAGUUUUCAUUCGUUGUUGCCAAACAAGUGUUUUAUAUAUUGAUGUGCUGGACUGAAUUUGUAGACGGUUUCAAAUGUAGUGGAGAUGUACUUGGCAUAGAAGAUAAGCUGCUGCUUAGAAAAGAUUAAGAGAAAUCAAAACUUUAGUUCUUUU